UGCUACUUGACUAUACGUUCUCCUUCUCGUCAGUAAGUUGAACAAUUUCAUUUCUAGAUUCUGAUAUUUUGUUCAUGUUGAUUGUAUUGUCUUAGUAACUCUUUAUAUUCUUUUCUUUGCAACUUUGACUGAUCAACAAACACGUCUGAACAUUGUUUCAAAUGUAAAUUCAGCUCUUUUCGAUAAACUUCGUGCUGAUUAUGACGAAACACUUUCAUGUCCAUGUUCGACAAAUCUUAUACCAUAUGAUACUUUUGUUUCCAACACGAUCACAUUUCAUCCUAUAUGUUCGAGUUAUUUUGUCAGUAGAGAAUGGAUUGAUUUUCUCUAUUUAUCAGAUAUAUUCAAAUAUUUUAUGAUGGAUUUUCGAGCAACUGCCAGUUAUCAAUUUCAACUUCUCGCUGCACUUUGCUUAUUCUCUAUGCAGACAAUAUCGCAAACAAAAAACAAUAUUGCAAGUGAACAAUUCUUUUCGGUCGAUCUUCUCUCCGAACAAGAAGUUCAAGCUAAAAUUCAGACAAAUAUAGAUCUCAUCCGUAGCGGAAUACUUGCUCAAGUUAAUUUACAUUUUGAUUUUCUUCAAAUUUUUGCUCGAUCGAAUUCUUUUAUCACGGCGCUCAAUACCAAUACUUUCAUUGUCGAUUGGCGCCAGAGAAGUGGCAUUACUACAAUAGAAGAUGUAUUACAUAUAAUAUUUAUGAAAUACAUUGACCUAGAUGCUUCUAGCUCAUCUAAUCUUGUUUCAACAUGUGAUCUUAUCAAUGGGAUAGUUGUUCCAUCUGGAUUUCUUUCGUUUGCAGCAGAAAAUGGUCUUUACGAUAUCAUCUAUCGACAGUAUUGGCCUACAUAUCCACCUGAUUUCGAACCAGAUAUAUCUGCAUUAGUUGACGGAUUCUUCAGUGGAUGUACACCACUUGAUGGUAUUCUUCAAAGCACAUUUGAUUGUCUUUAUAAUCUAACUUGCCUACAAGUUCUUGCUGAUUAUUUUCCCGACCUGUCUCGAAUAGAUCUUCAUUCAAUCAGUUUAAAUUCAUCCUCAAAUCAAACACAUCUUCCAAUGAGUGAACGGUUCAGAAAUCUUUUUGUUGAACAAUGGUCAACAGACAUUAAUUAUUCGAAAUAUUUUACGGCAUGUGCUUCGAAAUCUUGCACUUACACCGAAAUUAUUCAAAUAAAUUAUUCGUACACAAUCACACUUUUUAUCAGUCUAUAUGGUGGUCUUUCUAUUCUGCUUCGUACACUGUCGUCUGGCUCAAUUAAGAUUUCAAUCAAAGGCGGAUGUCGUUCAGAUCGUCUAAGAGCUACUAGCGUAUCUAUCACAAUGCUUUUACGACGAUUUGGAACUUGGCUGAAACAGUUAAAUCUAUUUAAAUCAGCAAAGAAUCGAACGCCAACGGAUAUACACUAUCAAGAAUUCAGUAGACGUGUUUAUUUAAUUUUACUUGCAAGUAUGAGACCGUUGUUCUGA